AUGUUUCAGGAACCUCUGCUGACGCUGCGGGAGCAUUUGAUCUGGGCGUUUAGCGUGUUUUCCUCGAGUGGCUGCCUGGAGCAAAACGACUCGGACGCAAUUGACGCGGACGACGUGACGCUGAUGUUCACUCACGCGAUGCGAAACCCUGCUGCUUCGCAUCUAGUCUCCGACAGGCUUCGAGCUGCACUCGGUAUGCUGCCGUCGAUCCGAUCAACACCGCUUGCACUGUCCUCCCCCAGCUUUAUUUCCGCUAUAUCGUCAUCAAGAAUUACUUUCCGGGUGUUCAAGCGAUUGCUGCAGCUCCCGCCGCUACGAACGUUGGUAAAUCACCGAAUGACGCCACACACAAGUGUCAUAGAUGAGCUGAGCAUUCCUGUGUACCGCGACUUCGUGUAUCGUGCGCGAAGGCGGGAGCACAACAGGCGGGUUUUGCGACGUCUGCGCUACUACAAUGAGACCAAAGUCACGCGGUUGUGCUUCCACACGUGGGCGCAAUAUGCCAGAGAUCGCAAGACAGCUAGAGAGACAAUGACUUUUGCAUACACAAUUACGGCACGAAUCAAGCAACGCGCUGCGUUUGGGGCACUACGUCGACACGCACUAGCAAGUAUCGCAGCACUGGAGAUUCAGCGCGUUUUUCGCGGCAUGCGCGGACGAAUGCGAGCUGAAGAGGCAUGGCGAAAGAUACAAGCUGUCCUAGCCGUGCAAGGUGCCUUUCGCAUGCGAGCUCAUUUCACGAGACAUCUUCGAAAGCUGCGGCGUCAAAACCUCCUAGCCAUUCGUAUCCAGCGCGUUUAUCGCGGCCGGUUGGGGAGAAUCCGAGCACGACAGAGACUUUUGGCCUAUUACUAUCGUGAGAUGGCGGCAAUGCAGCGGGAACGUGAGGCAUUCCGCGAGUUCGUCCGUGGGGAGAUGGCUCGGCGUUUGCAGCGCCUAUUCCGGACAAUUGUCGCUGACAAACGCAGAGCUCGACAACUUCAAGAGGAGGAGGCAAAACGGCGAAUCGAGUUGGAGAUGCUGAGACUAUCAGAGGAUGCAGCACAACAAGCAGCACGUCACCGACGCGAAGUGACGGAGAAGUACGAUAAACUGCGUGAAGAGGCUGAGUACAAGGAACAACGUCGCCGCAUCGACGGUACCGAGAAGCAGAAGAUAGUACAUCGACGUCGACAGCGGGAGUGGGAAGUUUUCAAGGCCGAGAAAGUGGCGCGAAAGGAGGCUCUCAAGCUUCAGGAGAAAGAAAGCUACGAGCGUUUGAAGUCCCAGUGGGAAAACACGAUAGCGGAGCAAGUUCGGAAGCGUGGCAAGCUGGUUGAGCAGUUACUGCAACUCGAGGAGGUCCAAGGCGAGUGGGAAAAAAUGCAUGCGCAGCUCCACCAACGCGUUAAAGAACGCUCGAAGCAACUUACAGCGAAGUACAAGUCUAACGGAGUCGUGAUUCCAAAGCGAGAAGUCAUUGAACGGGCGCAGCAUGAGGUUAUGGCGGAAGAAACCGAGGACGAACGACGCAAAGUACGCAGCCAAACGAUGACGCUGCAUUCAUUUCUAAUGUGCUGUUGCGUUUGUGCUGUGCAGACGGAGAGCAAUUGGUUACAGGCGGAAUCGGACUUCUUGCAAAAGCUGGAUAGCGAUGAGGAAGAACGUUUGCUUGCUGAAAAUGCCGAGGAGCGUGCAGCUCGCCAGAAGAGCGCUCUGAGCAUUCAGUGCGCGUUUCGAAUGUUCGCAGCACGCAAGUUACUACGUCGAAUGCUUGCAGAGCUGUAUGUGAAGGAAUUCGACACUGAAACUCAUGCGCCAAGGUAUCGAAACACCUUGACGGGGAAAGUCACGAGUCAGAAGCCAAGUGUGUUAGGCUCAGACGAGCUGAAGUACGAAGACUGUUGGGUGAUCAUGACGGACGAUGUGCUUGGUAAAUGGUCGAAUGUGCAAAGUGCUGUGCCUUGUUUGGCGCCACUAACAUUUUGUGGUGUUUAA